GUGACGCUCCACGCGGGCGCCGCUGACGGCGCAAACUCCACGCUGGCCGCGGCGGCGUGUCCUCCUCCCCGCCCCGGGCAGGGCGGGCGGAGCCGGGAGUCGCCUCCGGCCGCUGUGCGGAUGGCAGCGGAGCGCGGCGGGAUGGCGGCCGGCGGGGCGGCGGGGCGCGGCGGGCUGGAGGCGGCGGUGCGCGGCCGCCUGCGCGGGCUGCGGGAGCGCUGGGCGUUUGGCAGCCGGGAGCGAGGAGCGGCGGCCGCCGAACCGGGCCCCGCAGGCGGCGGGGAGGAGGAGGCGGAGGAAGUGAGCGCCCUGCAGGCGCUGCCGAUCGAUGUGCAGCUCUACAUCAUGUCCUUCCUCACGCCCCAAGACCUGUGCCGCCUGGGAUGCACGAGUUGCUACUGGAGGGUGGCUGUGCAGGACCCCCUGCUGUGGAGGAGUUUCUUCCUGCGGGAUCUCCCGGUUUGGACGUCUGUUGACUGGAAAUCUCUCCCAGCUGCAGAAAUUCUUAAUAAAGCCUUUUCACAAGUCGGCGAUGAAGUCCUGCAUGAUUAUAUGGCAGAGUAUAAAAAAAGCUGUCCCCAGGCCAGAAGAAGUUUGAAAUCAAGCCGCUCUCGGUAUGGUGCUGUGACUUCCUUUUUGCAGUCGCUGGUCACUCAAUCAGAACCUCGCUUCGCUAUGUUUGGGCCGGGUUUGGAAGAGCUGGAUGUCUCUUUAGUGCGAAAGAUGAUGACAUGCCCGGAAAUCCUGCUAGUAGCUGGCUUACCUCAAAGACGAAUUCACGGAAUUGGAUCAGGAGUCACUUUUCAGAUUAAUAGUAAUCAAAAAUUCAACAUUGUGACGUUGUACUCAACAACCAGCGUGGAAAGGAAGAGAGCAAGAGAAGAGCAAGCUGCUGUUGUGAAUAAGAUGUUCUACCAAGAGAACAGCAUUGUAGGGAAUCAGCAAGCUGUGCAGUACAAUGUAAUAUCUCAAGUUAAGAAGGUGUGCGAAGUAGUUGAUGGAUUCAUUUAUGUUGCUAAUGCAGAAGCUCAUAAAAAGCACAAUCGCGAGGAAGAACUGGCUCAUAUUUUGGCUAUGAUUGAUCCAGCCUUUGGACCUCCUAACAGACCUCUUCUAGUUCUGUCUUGUGUCUCUCACUUUGAUGUGGAAAGGAUUCCUUGUGUUUAUAUGGCACACCAGCUGCAACUAAAUCUGCUACCUCGACCCUGGAUGGUGCAAGACAUCGUAGCUGCAACUUUAAGUGGAUUACUAAGUGGAAUUGAAUGGCUCUUGGAGGAAGCAGAUUGUAAAAAUGCACAAUAAUUGAACUUGUUUGGCUUUACUGUAUAGAGACUUCUGUCUUCUAGCAUUCACGUGAAAUGGGAAUCUCAUCCUGACUCAGAAAUAUCAGAAAGGAGAUUUAAAUAUAAAACUAGCAUAUAUUUCAGUGCACAUAAAUAAUUAACAUUAUUAAUUAGAAGAACAAGUAAGGUUUUCUGGGUUCCCUCAGCUGAUGCAGAAUUUACUUUAUAAACGGAUCCAGGUGGUGGUUUGGUUUUUUUUUUUUCUGUAUUAAUUUCUUCUUUUAAUUUGGGGCUUUCAGAGUGCAGUCUUUCCUAAGUAUCACAGAAUCACAGAAUCACAAGGUUGGAAAGGACCUACAAGAUCAACAAGUCCAACCAUCCUCCCAUCACCAUUGCUACCACAAGCUACUAAACCACAUCUUGUAGCUCCUCAUCCAGAAGCCUCUUGAACACUGCCAGGGACAGCGACUCCACCACCUCCCUGUGCAGACAUUCUAGUGCCUGACCACUCUGAAAGAAAAUAUUUUCCUUAUGUCUAAAAGUAUAUCUGAUAAUCUAAUCUUUUCUGUAAAUAUACCAAAAACUAGGUUAAUUUAUCAGCGUGGCUGUAUUGCACACAUCACACAUUUUGAGUUAUAAAUUCAGUGAGAGCUCAGCAGUGACAGUUGUCUGACCAAAGAUAAUACACUACAUUGUAUCUUGCUGUUGGCUCAUUUUUUGUAGGUUAACAGAUAAACAGCCUAUUUUUCAGAAGAAUAUAUUUCACUCCUACUUUUUUCCUUCCCCUAGAAACAAUGCUGGGAUAAGAGACAGUGCUUAGGGGAGAAUUAUCACCCCAGAAUUUGUGGAAAUGGACAGGCAAAAUCCCCAGUGUCAAUCACUUGUUUCUUGUUUGUCAUCUUAUUUGUCAGUCUACCACCAAACAAUUUAUCUGCAGCAGAAAGCUGAAGAUGCUUAUUUUAAACUGACAUACAUGUUGCCAUGAAUGAAUAUUAAAUAAUUAAUAUUUCAGGACAUUUAUUAAGUGCAUUGUGCUCAAAUAAUUGUUGCCAUUUGCAGGUGUGAAAUAUCUGACUUGAAAUUUUCUACACGCUUGCAAGUAUUUUUCUAAAAAGGGAAACAGCACUUCAGAUAUGGAACGGUGUUUUUUGUACUGUUGUAUUUUGAGACAGUUCUGCUCCUGCUCUUCUACCUUUUAAACAAUUCUUAAUUGUUGGGUGAAUGUUGCAGAAACUUCCCUUGUGGUUUUGUGUGUAUGUUUGGGGGUGGAAGGGCUAUUUUGUUUGUAGUUUAUUUUCUUUACCUUUCUCCAUAAAAAUGUGGUUGUCUUGAAAAACCUUUUCAUAGUGCCUAGAUAGAUAAAUGGCUACACAGUGUACAUACAGCUGUAAGUCCCUGUAUCUGGCAUGUGUUCAUGCUUAACACAGCUAUUUCAGGAACAUUCCAAUUGAGAAUUCUCUCUCUCUUAAUGAAGUAGGAUAGAGAUGGGAACUGUUGUCUUAUUUUCUUUCAUAUUUAUUAUGUAUUAGCUCAGUUUUCUAGACUUUUUCCCUAACUUCAUAUCAGGACAUGUUAGGAGGGAAAAUCCAUGUGAAGCCAUACUGUGCUAAUUCUGCAACUAACUCUGCUUUAAUAGAGUAUGUGCACUUUGUCCUCCGAAAUAGGAUGCAAAACAUGGAUAACUGGAGAAAAAUUUCCACACAUUGGGUUCAUGUGAACUUCCUGCUAGUCACAGUAAUUCUGUAGUGAUCUGUCUACUGGAAUGCAACAGCCUGAUUCUGUGUUAGAUACUAUGAAUGUUUGUUUCUGCCAGAUCUUCCUUCUACUUUCUAAAGAAUAAAUUAUUAUUUUUGUAAUAGUA